AUGAAGUGUGCCUUCAAGCUGCAAGGAAGCCCUUGGCCGCGUGAUGACGUUGGCAUACCCGAAGGCCGACCGCCUUAUUUGUGUGUUGCGGACACCAGCGAUUUUCACUGGGGCGGCGUGGUUACACAAAUUCCGUACGAUCAAGUGGAUCGUGAAUUGGACGUUCAUGAGCCCCUUAUGUUUCUGAGCGGCACAUUUUCUGGAGCCGCGCAAGGAUGGACAAUCGUCGAGAAAGGGGCGUUCUCGAUUGUGGAGUGCUUAAAGCGGACCGAUUACCUGCUUCACAAGCCUGGCGGGUUUGCGUUGUUCACCGACCACGCAAACCUUAAGUUUAUUUUCAACCCAGCCAGCGUGAACUCCGCGAUCCCAUGGUACACGGCAGCAAAACGGGACCGCUGGGCGUUAAUGGUGAUGGGGUACGAUUACACCAUUUACGACAUCGCUGAGGAUGGCAAUGUGUGGGCCGAUUUGUUCUCGGGAUGGGGUGCGACAUCCCAUCUUAUUUGCCCGAUCGUGCACGUGCCGAUGAAGAUUUCGCCGUUGCAAAAUGGCGACUUUAUUUGGCCAACCAUGGCCGAGAUUGGCGACGCACAAUUCUCUGCGGUGGAACUCGAGGAGCACCGGGACGACUUCAGUCAGUUCAAGUGGUUGUGGGAAACUGACGUGGCCAACGCUCAAGAACUUGCGCGCUGUUUGCUAGAGUGGUUCAGUGUGUUUGCGUCAGAAGAAUCGUGCAAGAAAAGCGAAGAAAAAUGCGUGGAAAUGGCCCAACUCGAUGUGGGCGAUUUUGUCCUUUACAAGGACGUGUGGUCGAUUUCACACUCGAAAUUGUGUGCAACUUGGCAUGGACCAGCUCAAGUGGUCAAGGCAACGUCUGCCUGGAUUUUUGAAAUCAAAAAUUUGGUCACGGGAAUUGUCUGUGAGCCCUAUAGCAGUCAGCUCAAGUUCAAGGCCGAAAACUGCCUCGAAGUGACUGAAGAACUUUUGCGCCACGUGACGCACAACGCGGACGGACAUGUGGUCGAUGAUUUCAUCGACUGUCGCUAG